AUGCAAGCCGCCCAGCUUGACGGGCUGUCCACCAUGGCCGAUUCCUUAGUGAAGGCGGAUGUCUUGGGAAGAGACCAGUCGCAAAGGCCCCCGACCCCUAAAAAUGUCGCUUUUGAGCUUCUCCUGGACGAGAACUCCAAGGUGCGGGCUCGGAUCCCGAUGCGCGUUCAGAUCUACCCUCACGAUACCACGGAUUCCAUCGUCACCACCGUGAAAAAUUUCUAUGGCAUCUACGAUGGUACAGCCAGUGGAGUAAGCUUCGAGGAUGAACAUGGGACAACCCUCAUCGCAAGGUAUGAAAAUCUGAAGAAUAAUGGGACUGUGUAUGUGAGAGUGAUUCCCAUUCAAUCAUUUGGAGAAUCCUGCUAUGCUGGCUACCCCACGGAGCGCAAGCGGCCCAGUCUGGGGGAGCCGUUCCAGAUGACUGAGAGCAUGGUCUCCAGCAUGGAACAAGCAUCGCGCCCAUCAUCACGUCUUGCCAGGAAGCGCAGCGUGUCUCCAUCAAACCGCAGUCGCCGCAGCGCUUCGCAACACAAGCAGGCUUCCCGGAGCGGCCUGAAGAGCCGGGGUUCCAGUCAUGCCGGAUACCCGGAAGAGGACCUUGGGCUCAGCGACAGCGAGUCAACCUAUAGUCGCAAAACGCGCGGGGACACAUUUGCCAGCUCCGAUAUCAGUAUGGAAAACAUACUGCAAGAUGGCCGGCGCAAGCGACCAAAGUUUGACAGUUCGGAAUUGCCUCUCUUCGCUCCUCCUCAAGUUCCUCUUACAACUUCGACCUCCUCCAUUUCCCCUCAACGCCGUUCGGUGGGUCAAGAAGGCGCUGGUUCUCCUUUUGCUCGUCCCACUCAUCGCCCUUAUAACUACCAGAAUGCGCUUCCGUCGCCGCAAAGUUACGGGAAUAGCGAGUACAGUGCUGGGCGUAACGCUGUCUAUGCGACACCUAUGGUCCCCGACCACGUGCACCGAACUCCAUACGGCAAUUCGGGCAGCCGUGUGAGCGGCCAUGGUGUGCUUCCGACCCCGGAUCCGACCAUUGCAAGCUGCAUUUCCGACGAGGAUGUUGCCAUGCAACUGAUUCGCUUGGGCGAUGCAUCAAAUUUCUCUCACGGUCGCACAUCAGCCUCGACGGUCGAUGAUGCGUUCAGUGGUGUUGCUGAUGCUGCUUCUUCCGCGGGCGCUACCAGCGAUGGCGAAGAUUUCAGCGAAGAUGAAGAUGAUCUUCCGGCUCGUCGCCGGCUGGACUCAAGCCCGAUGCUCCCGCCUGGUGCCAUCAAGCGUCACCACAAACGCCUUGAUGACAUUCUUCCCAGUGCGGAUAGCAGCGAGCACAGUUCCGACGGGGCAGAUGACGGCAUCAAGAGCGAAGGCGAGGAAGACGUUCUCUACAAGGAGUAUGUUCCCAAAGCCAAGAAGCCUAGAAGCCGUCCGUCCUCUGCCAAAGUUCGGACUACCAAGCCGCCGGCCAAACAGGCCAAGAGCAAGAAUGGCCAAUCCACGGUGCGCAAGCAGACCGAGAAACCCGUCGUGCCGGCGCCACCUCUCAGCCCCAGCUCUUCCCGAAAGGUCUCCAAUGGCUCUGUCAACUUCCAGCAUCAAUUGGGUGCGGAUGAGGAAGAUCUGUCAACUAAGCCUCGCUGCCAGCGCUGCCGCAAGAGCAAGAAAGGCUGCGAUCGCCAGCGCCCAUGCGGGCGAUGCAAGGAUGCCGGCAUCGGCAUUGACGGCUGCGUCAGCGAGGACGAAGGCAAUGGCCGCAAGGGUCGAUACGGUCGUCACAUGGGAGUCCCCGUGAAAAAGAAUGCCGAUGAGCUGGAGGAAGAGCGACAUGAGCCACCUUUGCCCGUGAGCGCACCUCUUGUCGACUCUGAAACUGCGGACAAGAACAAGAAGCGAAAGCGCUAG